AUGCCGGAUGCCUCUAUUCGUAUUGGGCUCCUAAUCCUGUGCAUAUUGACCCUUGGGCUCUCGUUCGGUGUGGGUAGCACGACUCUCCUAUCUGUCUCCGGAGACCAGGCUCAUGCGCAGGAUGUUAAUUUGCUGAAAAAUGUGGAGACGGAAAGCGCUGGCGAUGAAAUUUCUGCUUCCCGUCCGGACCACAAGGAAUUGGUGCCGUCUUACCGCCUCCAUCCCUCAAACAGACUACUGCUGUUGCACAAGGAUGGAAAGAUCUCAUCUUACGGGCUUGAUAAUGGGGUGCCAAUGUGGACUGUAGAUACAGGCGGAGAUAUGUUGCGUGUAGAGAUUGAAAAGCAUCCGACUGAACGAGUAAUUCGUCAAGACCCUCUUGCGCUCCCUUUUCUACUGGAGGGCGGCAUGCUUUUUACGAGACGUUGCGUGGCGCCAUUUGGGUGCAAGAAGCAGACGCCAGAGCGUUGUUUUGACAGAAAAGGGAUAGAGGUGGAAACGCGUCCCGAAGCAAGGCCUGGUGAAGCAAAAACUAGAAGCGGCUCAGGGGAUUCAUGUGAAAUACCCUUUUCAUCAACGCAUCCACGAUGUUUUAUGAAUCUUUCAACGCUAAUAGAAAAGAAACAUGUACAAGUUGGCGAAACGGAUAUAUUGUUAUACAUCAGCGCA